AUGUCGAAUUCUACCUGCACCUACCGAUUCUCUUCCGAGGGGGGCCGAUUUAUCAACUAUGUAGAAGCUGCUCGCGCAAGUCCUCAGUCCAAACUGACUACGCAGCCCAAUCUCGGCCUACUAGACGUCGUACACGAGAGUGAUGCCGGCUCAUCAGGCAAAGACCAAGGCUGGGGUGGGCUUGCUCGCUAUGUUCAGCGCUGCAAUGACGAGAUCGAACCUGGAGUAUCAUACAAAGUAUUGCUGGUCGUGCGACAUGGCCGUGGUGUCCAUAACGUUGUGAUGGACGAGGUUGGCUCAGCUGAAUGGAAGAAGCGCUGGUCUAAACUAGACGGCGAUGGAAAUCGAACUUGGUUUGACGCAGAGCUGGUUGACGAAGGAAUUGAACAAGCGAAAGCCCUCGGCACUCUAUACAACGAAGGUGUCAAACACAAUAACUUCCCUAUCCCUGAUACCCUAUACACCAGCCCACUCGCAAGAUGCCUCGAGACAACAAAACUCGUAUUCAGAGAUGUGGUAGAGGGACACAGGAGGACAUUCAAGCCAGUGGUGAAAGAACUCCUUCGGGAGCGCCUAACCGACCACACAUGUGACAGGAGGAGAGACAAAAAAUGGAUUUCGACUGCUUACCCAGAAUACGAGUUGGAGGCUACUUUCGCAGAGGAAGAUCUCCUAUGGCAUGCCGAUCGAUCAGAGUCGAAUAUAGAACAUGUCGCUCGCACGCAGAACUUGCUCGAAGACAUUUGGAGCCAAGACUCGGGCGUCUUUAUCGCUCUUGUCACGCAUUCGUACGCGCUCUCGUCGAUUCUGGAGGUAAUCCAUGCACCCCUUUUCCGAGUAGGAGAAGGCGUGAUGACGGCCUUUUUGGUCAAAGGACAAAGGGUAGAAAUGAACUAG